CUUUAUAUAGGCACGUUCGAUAAAUCUUUCUCCCAAAAUACUUGUUUUUGAAGCUCUUUUCUUACCCACAAAACUUGAAACUUCCCAAGCUCUCACCCGAAUUAAUUACUACAUUGAAAUGGCUGCUCGCAUCUUCUUGCUAGGACUCCUCGCCGUGUCUUUUACCGUCAGUACCCUGGCAUCUGAUCCAAGCCCUCUUCAAGAUUUCUGCGUUGCAGAUAAAACAAGUUCAGUUCUAGUGAAUGGUUUCGCCUGCAAGGAUCCCAAGCUGGUUCAAGCCGACGAUUUCUUCUUCAGUGGACUACACAUAGCAGGCAACACAACAAACGCCCCAUUCGGGGCAAGGCUGACACCGGUGACUGUAGCCCAAGUAGGAGGGCUCAACACGCUUGGCAUCUCCAUUUCCCGAGUUGAUUACGCACCCGGGGGUUUCAACCCUCCUCACACCCACCCUCGAGCCACCGAAAUUAUAACAGUCUUGGAAGGAAACGUCGAAGUUGGUUUUGUCACAUCCUACCCCGACCACCGUCUCAUCACAAAGGUGCUAGGAAAGGGUGAUGUCUUUGUCUUCCCCAUCGGUCUCGUCCACUUCCAAGUAAAUGUAGGUUCUACGAAUGCCGUUGUCAUUGUUGCUCUGAACAGUCAGAACCCUGGUAUUGUCUCGAUUCCGAAUGUGUUGUUUGGGUCUACUCCAAAAAUCGCAAGUGACGUUCUUGCAAAGGCCUUCCAAGUUGAUAAGAACGUUGUCGAUGAUAUCAAAUCCAAGUUCUAGACAAUAGAUGGCAGAAUAUGUGCCUGUCACAGAAGUUUGAGGCUUUCUGAGUUUCUCUAUUCUUUUGUGCAUUACCUUAUCUUUAAGCAAAUGGUUUUUUUAUAUAUUUUCUGACAUUGAUGUCAUAUAAACAGUGUACUCAAUAAAACAAAUUUUAGGUUGAAUACAGGCCGUGAUUUUCAGCCUCAA